UUUGCUCUUCUACAUGCCACGCGGCAAAUCUCUUAAUAAAUGAGAGUAACUAAAAGCUGUAAAAGAUCAUUUCGAAUAGUUUCUCUAACUCAUUUUUGUUAUAUUAUUGUUUCUUAGCAAUUCAUUUUCUUUGGAACUAAGGCCGAUAUUCAAUGGUGGGAGAAACAUUUGCUUAUUUGGUCAAAUUUUAAUUUGUUAAAAUUUCUUACUCACCUCUUUCAACAUUGAAAUCCUAGAAAUGUAACGGAAACUUGUAUUCAUCUAGGUAUAUUUUUUAUCAUUAUUUUUAAAUAAACUAAAAUUACUUUUUAAGUAGAGCGAACUCUAAUGUAAAGAUAAUUUGAAUAGAUCUUGAGGAAAUUACUUCAUGACCAGCUAAAAAAAAGCUUUAAUUACAUCAUUGCUUUGUCUCUGUUGCACUCGUAUUCCUUACCAAUACGAAAGAGUCAUGCAAAGAGAAGAAGGUUUUCGUUACAUAGUUUUCUUGAUUCUAAAGGCGCCGCAAUCUUCGAGCCUUCAGCAGAGUUCCAACAUCAGUAAAGAAAAUAGGAAAAUGAAUCAACUGGAUUUUUAGUAGUCUUCUUUGGCAAAAUAUAGUUUUACCGGUUUGGAUGAAGGAUGUCUCGCUCGAUCGUAAUUUUGAAAAGUAGCCUUUAAAACCUAAGAGUAAAUAUAUUUACGAAAUAUCGAGUUGUGCGUGGAAAUACUGCUGUUGGUAAUGUUGUUUUUUAGUAAAUAACUGCUCGGGUCGCAAAAUACGGAACACGAAUACACAAUGGAGUUAAUUGGGGCCCGAAAAGAAAUUUUAAAUCAUCUUUCUUGGCUUUUGACUACCGUUAUCUGUACUGAAAGUAAAACACAUUGUUUAAUUACAGAGCGUAUUAUCUCGACCAGUCCAAUUCCUGAUAGUUUCAGUAUAUAAACAAUUCAACAUUUAGCUGGAGACUGUAAAGCACGUUUAUGGCGCCGGGUACAUCUUAUGCAACAACCUCCGGCAUCUCCACAAUUUCCGUUUCUUGCCUGGUUUUGCAAGUUAACAACCGCUUAAAUUCGGCCCGAAAUUCCCUGUUCGUCACCGCAUAUGCCCACGGAGUGAGCGAGGAGCUCAAGAAGAGAAACAAUACAACAAUGCGGUCAAGGAUAGGAUGCAAAUGAUUUGGAUGCAGCCGAAUUAUCAUAGAUAUGAUAUACUCUGGGAUCCAGCAGAUCAGGAAGAACAUUACAACGCCUAACACAGUUCGUGUUAUUUUGAUCUCUUCCACGUUGACGCGUUCGCGAGUGCGACUGAAGGUGUUCGACACUUUCCGAGCGUGUUCUCGAAUGUUCCAGAAAACUUUGGAAUAGCAAUACACAACGACAACGGAUGUCACACCAAAAUAAAACGCCGUUUUGGUAACGCAGUAGAUUAGGUCCGCGCUUUUACUGUCGAACACUAGCACGCAGGUGGCUCGCCUGGCGCUGAAUUCGUAUUUUGAGAAGGACGGUAACGAAAAUGCAGAAAUAAAACCAAGUUGGAUGGCCCACGUCAACACCAGGAUGGCGGUAGAGCGCCGUUUGGAGGGAAAGAUUUUCUUGUACAGGACGAAAAACACAACAGAGCGACAUCUCGAGACGAUCGAUCAACGAGCAGCCCGGCAAACCAAGAAGGCUACCAUGGAGCGGCCAUCCUUCUAUCUAAGCCCGUUCGUGGAUGUGAAGCCACGGAAUAUUCACAUACCCCCUUAUCCUCCGGUUUCUCCCGGUGUAAAGCAGCCGAUUUCCCCGAUACCCCGAGUACCGGUUGUCACCAAAUCGACUUCAUCGUACAGGAUAGAUGAUAUACUAAGCAAGCCGGAUCCGCGUCCACCGGCCAGCAUGCCCACUGCAGCUCAUUACAGAUCGUACCCUGCCCCACCAGCGCGGCGGUACGGCUACGGCCCUGACGUAUCUUUCCUCUGGAGUAACAUGCUGCAGUCACAGUGGCGAGAGAGAUACAACGCGGCCACUCAGAGUCACCCAGUCUGCAGUGAAAGAGAAGCAGACGGUAAGCGGAAACACACUCGACCAACGUUUAGUGGUCACCAGAUAUUUGCACUUGAGAAAACUUUCGAACAGACGAAAUACCUCGCCGGGCCGGAAAGGACAAGACUGGCGUAUUCUCUCGGAAUGACAGAAAGCCAAGUUAAAGUUUGGUUCCAAAACCGUAGAACGAAAUGGCGCAAACGGCAUGCUGCUGAAAUGGGCGCGAAAAAGACGCAUGACGAAGAACACGAAGCUGACGGGUCGCAAAUUGUUGAUGCAAACGACAGGGAGGGAAGUUCCUCCCCGGACGAAGACAGGUUUUAAUAAGAAACGAGUAGCAUAUAUACAGAAAAAAGAAAACAUUUGCUUUUUGUAAUAUAUUAAAGACGGAGCGACGAUUUCUUUCCAAUGUGAAUCAUCAGGACUAAGUUAUUCUAAGCUUUUCAAGAUAAGGCCGCUUCGUGCCAAAGACCACUGAACUGUUUCUGGAGGCCUUACAGUAUCGUGAAAGCGUCAGAUAUGAAUGUAUAAUAAUAGGCUAUAAAACAUAAUUAUGUUAUAGAUUUUAUUGCAUAUGAUGAACUACAGGAGCUUGAUAACGUAUCAAGUGUAUCUAUAAAAGUGAUUGAGAAUAUUCUUAA